CCUCCUCCUCCUCGACAUGAGUAGUGUGACUUAAGUAGGAGGCAGGACACACUCAGCAAUACGGGCUGCACUGGUUAGCUGUGUGCUCGUAACAGAUUGUUGUCAGGAGCAAGAGGGCAGCAGGACAUGAAUAAACACAUAGACACGGAGAGAUAAUGGUGCCCAGCUGCUCUUAAGUACUGGAUAAAGUUUGGUAGUCUAUGUUUGCAAGUCUCAGUCUAAAAAAAAAAAACCCAGACCGUACUGAGACUUGUUUUUGCUGCUCUUUAAAAUAGGCUCCAUUUUUUUACUUUUUAUUUUUAUUAAUCUCAUCUCUUUUUGCUUGCAAACAUGGGUUGCUCAUCAUCAAGUGCUCAGACUGUUGAUCAAGAGAAAAGACCAGGCACAAAGCCUGAGGAGAGCAAUGGAGACACACUGGGCAGUCAGCUUUAGUCACCUGGAGAAGCUCGGGUCCCUUUCCAGGCUCUUACAUCACCCCAGCAAGAAAACCAGUUAUUGUACUCUUGGCCCAAGCAGGCUUCUCAAAAUAUGGCUGAAUGAGUCAGUCAGAAACGGCAUCAUUGCAGAAGAUGCAAAAACUAUUGAGGACCAGAUGCAGCUGCCAGUGCAGACUGCUUUACCAGAUGAUCUUCAUCCAAGAACUGAAGAUGAAACAGAGGCAGUCUUGAUGGCCGUGGAGGCCCAGGAGGAUCUUGGCUCUGGGGAAGACCUCCUAGUAGCUACUGAGCCACAGCCAGAGCCUGCUGUUUGUGAGGAACCAGCACCAGAACCUGCUGUCUCUGCUCUAGCAGAAGACUCUGCUGAGCCCGAAGCUGCUGUAGCAGUAGUGGAGGCAGUACCCCGUGUGGAGGAAACAGCAGUAGAAGAGGCCCCUCCAGUGGUCGAAGUCACUGUUGAGGCCACAGUGGAAGCCUGUACAGUUGAGACAGCAAAAGCAAAGGCCCCUGAUGUUGCAGAGGAAGUUCUUAAAGCAGUUGUAUCUGAGCCAGAGUUGACCCCAAAAGCUUUGGAAGUGGCUGUUGAGGCCCCUGCUGUAGGGACUUCUGAGGUGCCUGGUGUAGUGGCUCCUGAGGCCCCUUCUGAAGCAGCAGCUGAAGCUACAGCAGAGGUAGCUUCUGAUACCCCUACUGAAGUAGCUGCUGAAGCUCCUGCACCUCCGAAGACAGAGACCUCAACUGUUAAUUCGGCCUCAGAGACUGUCUCAGAAACACAGGUUGGAGUUUCAGAAAAUGCACCAAAUGAGUCUUCAACACUAAGUGUAACUUCGGUACCAAAUGAAGCUGCAGCACCAGCUGAGCACUCAGUUUCUUCAGAUGCUGUGGAGCCUGUUAUAGACACAGAUAUUGCUGCAGCUACUAUUCCAGAGAUGCCUCCAUUAUCUCCUGUUACAGCUGUUGCUCAGCCUUCCACAGAAAUGGCAACAGAGGCCCCUGCAGUCCCUGCUGAGACUGCCCCACCAGCAGAGGCACCCUUACCCCCAGAGGUUACCCCUGGCCCAGCUACAGAGGUGGAACCUGCUGCUGAACCAGUCCAAAAUGCAGAAAUUCCAGCUCCUGCAAGUGUUUCAGAAACUCCUACAGAAGUAGCACCAGAGGCCACAGCAGCCACCGCAGAGGCUCCUGUGGCUGAGUCCACCACGGCGCCAUCUGAAGCCUCUUCAACCCCAGCACCUGCUGCUGAUCCGGCAGCUGAACCCUCACCUGAUGUGGCAAGUGCAAAUGAGGCCUCUCAGAAUACAGAAAGUGACAAGGCCAAAAAGGAAGACUGAACUGAGAUGAGAUUCAUCAAAUAACACAGCCCAAAGCCACAAUUUUAAGACACCUGGAAGAAAACUAAGACAGAGCAAAAGAAAAAUAAAAACCAAACCUUCUUUACUUUCAGUAUUGUCUCAUCAGCACUCAUCAAACUGUAUAUUCGUUAAUAUGCAAUGUGCCUUAAUAACCUUUCUUUCAGGAAAGAUCAGGAUUUUGUAUAUAAACCUUUUCACCAGAGGAAGAGGCGGAGUUUUUCUAUUGGGACAUCAAGUGCCUGAAGCCACACACGUAGGCCUUUACACCAAAAGUGCUACCAAACGCUUGGCUGAUAUGUGAUAUGAUGGUGCAAUACUGUAUUGUGAUGCGUUAAAAAGACUGUUAACUCUUCAGAGCCUGGGGUAGUGGUGCAUUAAAACAUAGGGAAGGAUGCUUGCAGUAAAUUCUUGACUAUUUAUUGUAGCUGCUUUUGAGGAAAAUGAGCCAAACAUGACUGUGAAUAAAAUUAUGCAAAGAGUUCAAAGUGAUGAGAAUACCAAACUGCAGAGGCGAAGAGAUCACCACCUCAGACACCUGGUUCACAUGCAAGUUUAACUUUACUUUUUCUUUUUUAUUAUCCAAUACUGAUCAUGUAUUUACAGAUUUUUUUUCUUUUCAAGUUUUUGGAAAAAGUUUCAUCAAAAAUAUUUACACAUUAUUUAAUAGUAGCCUUUCUAACAAGGCUAAUUCUUUAAUAGGAAUACUACACCUUGAAUAACAGAGUACAGUAUGAUACUGAAAAACACUACAAGGCACUUUCACACAUUCUUUAAAAAAUCCUUUUUGACUGUUCAUGUAAAAAAAAAAUCAGGAAAUUAUUUUAUGCAAAUGGGAAUAAAAAUAGAUGAUUACAUGCAUGUCCAAAGGCUACCGCUGACAAAUAAUAAUUAAUCACCAGGUUGAGAAACAGAUGGUCCACAUACUGACAGGAUGCUGUGCUGUUACAUGAAGCCAUCUCUCAUAGCUGUACUGUAGCUACCACAUGUUCCAAAAACGACAAUAAACUAUUUCAAUAUGAAUUUUAAGGUGUAAUCCAGGGACGCUAAUGUCAUAUGUUUGUAGGAUGCAUGGGUAGCACAGUCAUAGAUCAUAGGUCCACUAGUGGACGUGAAUUUUAGCUUUCUGCUUUUAUAAAAGAUGUAAAGGACGUAAAAAAGACUGAUUGCUUGUGAUGUAAUGGAUGUUAAGUGUAACAAAAACAACUUCUGUUUGGUUUAUUUCUCCUUUCUGUUUCACUCUUUGUAAUAUAUUUCUUACCUGAACUUUGUUUAAAAUAUAACUCUAACCUUUUAGUGUACAGAAUAAAGUUUUACUCACCUA